UCUCUCUUUUAUAUAAAUAUUUGUUUACUAUAUAUAAAAUAAAUAUUUAAACGUAAUAAUAUAAAUAGUAAUAGUUUAAGAUUAACUCAUGUAUGCAUCUUUAAAAUUUUAUUAAAAUUUGUCCACCAGAAACUCUAUGCUUGCAACGCUUACGAGCAUAUUAAUCCUUGUUUAAUAUUUCAUAACAAUAAGGGUAAACUGAUUUCAAGAUUCGAGCCUAUUAAUUGCGAUUGUCACAAGAGACCAUCAUAGAGACCGGGGUUUCCAGAUUGAAGAUACUGUUCAUAUAAAAAUCGAAUGGAGGGAAAGCGCAUAGAAUAUUUUUAUAUGUAAAAGCGCUUUCUGCGCUUUCCUUCCAUUCGACUCUCACGUGAACAUGUGUGGACAUUAGCUGAAAUUGGCGGGAAACGCCACGAUCAGCUGUUCCGCUUCUACGGUAUAUUUACAUAUCGUGAUCGUGAAAGACAAUACACUGCACGCUUGAAGUCGUGACAGAACGUGGACAGUAAUCGCGCAAAUUUCGUUACAAUCGCAUCAAUUUUAUUCCGAUCGAAAUGGUUCCAAUUUCCCCGAACAGAUUUUACGGCAAGAUACAACACAAGCGAUCACUAUCCAGGUCUAACAUUUGCUGGGUGAAACAGUAUCGGGUUAUGCCUUCGCACAUAUUAGGCCCGACUCAGUAUUGGCAGGAGUUUUACAAACAGGCUGAUGCACUGGCUGCGGCUGCCGAACACAGCACCAGAACGGACACGCUAUGCACCUUCGUGUACGAGCGGCCCAGUGACGGUGGUCGCAGAUUCGUCGUUGUGCAUCCGGAGGUCUAUUGGUGGUAUUACAAAAUCAAGCCACAAGAAGAGAGAUGCUCGUACGAGAUAAUACCAAAGAAUUCACCAUGUUGGUUAUACUUGGACUUAGAAUAUCCACUUGAGCUAAAUCCACUUUGUAAUGGACCACGCAUGACCAAGACGCUGAUAGAUAUCAUACGAGCGUACUUGCUCAAUCAUUAUCAUCUGUUAUGCGACAGAAGUAACUUUCUAAUAUUGGAUUCUACGUCCAUUAAGAAAUUCAGCAGGCACGUGAUUUUUACUAUGAAAGAUAUGGCAUUUAAGGACAACUCACAUGUUGGAAAGUUUAUUAAAACCAUAUGCAACGAUAUUCUGCUUUACUUGAGGUCAGACAUGCCAAUACAUGGAAUUCUGAAUCACUUUAACAAGGCAGAUAUUCAGGAGAUGUUAGUGAUGACACAACAUGGUGAAAAAUUGUUUAUUGAUAAUGGCGUUUAUACGAAGAAUAGACAUUUCAGACUGUAUCUAUCUACCAAAUGGGGAAAACAAUCAUACCUAACAGUCUCUGCAGAUUGUGUGCACAACGCAGUGAACAAGUGCAAAGAGAAGGAGCUAGGAAUCUUCCUGGAUUCUCUGAUAUCGUAUUUUCCAAACAAGCAGAAUUUAAUUCUACUCGAAUUUGUUAAUCGAAGCGACGUAAAAGCUCAACUUUACUUGAAAACACCAAUGCGAUCCAUUAAAAGCGAGGAAAACGACCAGACCUCACCAUAUCCUGAGAUAGAUAGGUACAUUCGCAGUCUCAUUGACCCUGGCAAGAUACGUAUUGUUAGGUAUUUGGAAAAAACACUGAGAUAUGAAAUUUACGGCAACAGGUACUGUGAAAACAUUGGCAGGUAUCAUAAAAGCAAUAAUGUAUAUUGGAUUGUGGAUUUAAAUACAAAACAGAUAUUUCAGAAAUGUCACGAUGAGGAUUGCUCAGGUUUUACAUCUACACCGAAGAAUUUACCAGAAGAGAUUUUAUUUCAAUUAGACAUAGAAGGUGACACUUUUAUGUCUCAUGCAAUAAUAGAUGAAAAUAAUAUAAAAAGGAUAUAAAGAUUAUAUACGUUUUUAUAAAUAUAUAACUUGUAUUUUUUUAAAAAUAUAUAAACGUUUUUAUUUGUCCUGCAAAA